AGCGAUCAGUCCGGCUCCGAGAGUCAUGGCGACUACAGCAUCCAGUCAUUACAGCAUCCUCUCCUCCAGCCCAUCUAUAGUACACUCGGAGCCUGGGAGCAUGCAGCAAGCCGCGGCAUACAGGGACGCGCAAACCCUGUUGCAGAGUGACUACUCGCUACAGAGCAACAGUCACCCGCUCAGCCACGCGCACCAGUGGAUAACAGCCUUGUCACACGGGGAAGGAGCUCCUUGGUCGUCCAGUCCCCUCGGCGAACAGGACAUUAAGCCAGCGGUACAGAGCACCCGUGACGAGAUGCACAAUUCAGGCAAUUUACAGCAUCAGUCGCGACCACCCCACCUGGUACACCAGACGCACGGCAAUCAUCACGAUUCAAGGGCAUGGAGAACAACGACGGCAGCUCACAUUCCCAGCAUGGCAACAUCCAAUGGACAGAGCCUCAUUUACUCUCAACCCGGGUUCAGUGUGAACGGGCUCAUCCCGGGCGGACAGGGGAUCCACCACCACAGCAUGCACGACGCGCACGAGGACCACCACAGCCCGCAUCUCAGCGACCACGGCCAUCCACCGUCCCAGCACCAGUCGCACCAGAGUCAUCACGACCACUCGGACGAGGAUACGCCGACCUCUGAUGACUUGGAACAGUUUGCAAAACAGUUCAAACAGAGGAGAAUCAAGCUGGGUUUCACGCAGGCGGACGUCGGACUAGCUUUGGGAACGCUGUAUGGAAAUGUGUUUUCGCAGACCACCAUAUGCAGGUUUGAGGCCCUGCAACUCAGCUUCAAAAACAUGUGCAAGCUCAAGCCAUUGUUAAACAAGUGGUUGGAGGAGGCAGACUCCACAUCUGGCAGCCCCACCAGCCUGGACAAGAUAGCCGCGCAAGGGAGGAAAAGGAAAAAGAGGACUUCCAUCGAGGUAAGCGUCAAAGGAGCUUUGGAGAGCCAUUUCCUUAAGUGCCCAAAGCCAGCCGCGUCGGAAAUUACUUCGCUCGCGGACAGUCUCCAGUUGGAAAAAGAGGUAGUGAGGGUUUGGUUUUGUAACAGAAGACAGAAAGAGAAACGGAUGACUCCUCCCGGCGGACCUCUACCGGGUACCGAGGACGUAUACGGAGACACACCACCGCACCACGGAGUUCAGACGCCUGUUCAAUGAGAAACAAAAUAAGGACGCAUCGUUUAUUGACUGUCUCAGUCUUAAUUUAUACUUUCACAUUGAGAUCUAAACAUGGAACUAUCUGCGGUUUAGAAUACUGAAUACGGGAGAGCAGAUUAUAUCCGUCUUCAAUUGGCUAUUUUUCAAAAUUCCUACUGCUGCAAAAGAGGGGUUCCCCACACGAGCAAAGAGAGCGACUGUUCUCUGAAUACCCAGCACUGUGAAAAGGCGCAGAUUUAAGGUGUAACCUUCUAUUUAACAAACACUUCGAGAAGAGUGAAAUGUCCCUCAAAGGGGAGCACGGGUGUCCCGCCAUUUGUUUACAUCUAGACCUAAUAGUAUACAGACGCAUUCGCUGCAUUUUAUUUCGCAGUAUUAGUAUUCCGCCGGAAAAUUCACUAGUGCUGCAGCAUUUGACAAAUACACGCCAUUUUAACUUAUGUUGUGGGCGACUGGGGGUGAUCGUCGAUUCAGUAAAAAAAAAAAAAAAAAAAAAAAAAAA